AUGACCAACUCUGAGGAUCUUCUCGCGAUUCGAAACGGCGACAGCCAGAAAAGACUUAUCAGGGAACCACUAAAGCUGAAGGGUCUUCUGGAACAAUACAAGUCGUUCAACGUCACCCCUGCAAUCGGGAAGGAAUUCCCUGACGCCGACGUCGUAGAAUGGAUGAAAGCCACGAACAGCGAUGAGCUUCUCCGCGACUUGGCUAUCACGAUCUCUCGUCGGGGAGUUGUUUUCUUCCGUGCCCAAACUAAUUUGACCGAUGAACUUCAAAAGGAGUUGGCGCAGCGUCUGGGUGUCCUCUCAGGCAAACCAGCCGACUCGAGGCUUCACAUUCACCCUUUAACCAAGCACAACCUUGACAAGGACCCAGAACUAAACGUUAUCACCACCGACAAAGCCGCAAACCCUGCAGAAGACUUAUGGAAAAAUAGACCCACCGACAUCAGGAACGCAUGGCAUACGGACACGGGCUACGAGCCAAACCCCGCCGAUUACUCAAUCUUAAGACUCGUCAAGCUCCCUGAAACUGGCGGAGAUACAAUCUGGGCCUCAUCCUGUGAGAUCUAUGACAAAAUCUCUCCGGCCUAUCGCGAAUUCCUUGAAGGCCUCACAGCGACCUUUUGUCAGUCUAGACUUCCGAUUGCCGCUGCAGCUAAAGGAUUCGACCUUUACGAAGAGCCUCGUGGGUCUCCAAACAAUGUUGGCGCUUCCCUUCGCGCCGUUCACCCAGUCGUCCGCACCAACCCAGUGACCGGGUGGAAGAGUCUAUUCGCCGUGGGUAACCAUGUCGAACGGAUCAACGAGUUGACACCCGACGAAAGUAGGCGGCUACACGACUGGUUCCUGCAGAUGAUUGUAGAGGAGCAUGAUACUCAACUGAGGCAUCGGUGGGAGAAUCAGUAUGACAUCGCUAUAUGGGACAACCGCACUGUUUACCACUCUGCCAUUUUUGACUUUGCUGGAUUGGGCGCUCGUACGGGUCAUCGGGCAGUGAGCAUCGGCGAGAGGCCCUACUUUGACCCAGGCAGCAAGACCCGUCGUGAAGCGCUUGCGGAAGAAGGUUUGAUGUUCUAG